AUGAGUGAGGAUCAGAAAAGAACUGCCUCCAACGAUCAUGAUAGAGUGGCAAUAUCACAAGAACAACAGGCCAAGAUCACUGAGGUGAGAGGGUUGAUAGGGCAGUUAUCAGAUAAGGAAUCUGUGUACUGUUCUGAUGCCUCCAUUUCAAGGUAUUUAAGGUCAAGAAAUUGGAAUGUUAAGAAGGCAUCUCAAAUGUUGAAACAAAGCCUGAAAUGGAGAAAAGAAUACAAACCGGAAGAGAUCGGCUGGGAAGAGGUUGCAAAUGAAGCAGAGUCAGGGUCGAUGUAUAGACCAAAUUAUAAUGACAAGUACGGGAGACCAGUGAUUGUAAUGAGACCUAGUCGCAAGAACUCCAAAUCAACACAGGGACUGAUUAAGUAUUUAGUAUACUGCAUGGAGAAUGCCAUUUUUAAUCUUCCACCACACCAGGAACAGAUGACGUGGCUGGUAGAUUUCGAGGGUAAGAUGUCAGAUAUGUCGUUCAAAUUGGCACGUGAAACUGUCCAUGUAUUACAAAACUAUUAUCCAAAGCGCAUGGGUUUGGUAAUUCUGUACAAUGCACCUAUACUCUUCCAACCAUUCUUCAAGAUGCUAAGGCCCUUUGUGGAGACUGAAAUUUAUAAUAAAAUAAAGUUUCGGUAUUCGGACGGCCACCGCGAAAAAGAGAUUAUGGAGGAUUUGUUUGAUAUGGAUAAACUUGAAUCUGCAUUUGGUGGGAAUGGUGGCACAGGAUUUGACAUAAAUAAAUAUGCUGAGAGAAUGAAAGAGGAUGACAACAAGAUUCUGUCUUUCUGGACACAGGUCAAGCCUGUGUCAUAA